AUGACGAUACAGGAAAUUUCAGAUCCUCCUAAAAUAAAAAGUUUAUCUUUCCCAAUUAAAAAUACAUUCAAAUUAUUUAGAAAUGCUUGUAAUGUGACUUUGGAUUUUGAGAAUAAAUAUUUUGAAAACAAAAUUGAGUUGAUUAAAAAUCGUAGAGAGGAAUUCCAGUCAAUUGCUAAUGGCACAAUUCAACAAUCUGACGAAUUGGCUAAAUUUGGUGGAGAUUUAAUGGUCCUUAUUAAACAUUGUGGUGACAAAGCUGCUUCUAAAGAAGAUAUAUUAAAUUAUUUGAAUAGACUUUUAAAUGAUGCUACAACUAAUAAAAUUGCAAUAAAAGAAACCAACUCCAAAAUUAUAACUCUCAAGUAUAGGAUGAUAAAGAUUCAUAAUGAAUUAGCAGAAUUUGAUUUUGAAAAGAUGAAAAAUAUUGAUCCUACAACAUACGACAACUUAAACGAUACUGAAUCUAAAAAAAAGUUUUUAAAUAAAUGGUCAAAAAUCGCUUUUAUUAUAGGCGGAAUUUCUGUUAAAUUACAUGAAACUCUAAGUACAAGACAAGAACAAAUGACCAAAAAAUCAAAAAUUUUACAAAAAAAUGUUUCCUCAAUAAGUCAAAGUUUAAAUAAUCUUAAAAAUUUUUGGGAGACUCAGAUUGCUCAAUUAGAAAAUCUUAUUGUGGAAUUUAAUAGUUUAAAUGAACAGAGAUCUCCUCCUAACAUAUUAAUUAUUGAACGCUUGGAAGAACGAUGGAAGAAAACAAUCAAAGAAUCUAAUUGUAUGUGA